AGCCCACUGGUGUGUGUGUGGUGUGUGGUGUGUGUGUGUGUGUGUGUGUGUGUGCGCGCGCGCAUGCAUGUGUGUAUGUAAGUGUAUAAGUGUGCGUGCAUGGGUGUACUUGUGGCCCUUGAGGUAUUUAGGAGUGAGCCUGUGUGAGGUGAGGUGUACUGCAGCCCAAGCCCCGUGGGAAAGGCAGUGUUGAAUAGAAGAUCCAUGUGUGCAUAUUGGCAAAGGUGAACAUGGGAGACAGAGAGGGGAUGUGCACGCACAGAAUGUGAAAGAGAAGGGGGCACAGGCGAGGACACCUACUGCUACAGUGAGUCACAUCCUGGAAGUUUGGUCUUGACUUCUGGCAGUCUCUGUGGCUGCCUUUGCAGGGGUCAAGGUCUUCCGAGCUGGAGGAGGUUGAGGGUUAUGGCAGGAUGUGCUCUAGGACCUGCUGGGCUAGCCUCUGACCUCCAGGACCUCCUGUCCAUCUGGCUGAAUAGACAGAAAGGAGUCCUUCUCAGCCUUCAGUGGACCCAUCUGCUCUGUUAAGGAGCCACUGUGGUGUGGUGCCAGGGGUGGAACCAGCGUUCGGCCUGCCGUGAAGAGGUCCUGGAAGAGCCAUGGCAGGUGUCUGUAACAUGGCCCCUAAUUUCCUCUCCCCAUCUGAAGAUCAGGCCUUGGGGCCUGCCCUUGGAAGAACAGUUUCUUUGAAUUGCACAGCUUGGGUUCUCUCUAGGCCCCAGUGUCCCCAACCAUCAGUGCAAUGGCUAAAAGAUGGUCUGGCAUUGGGCAAUGGAAGCCACUUCAGCCUCCAUGAGGACUUCUGGGUCAGCGCCAACUCCUCAGAGAUUGUGUCCAGUGUUCUGAUGCUCAACUUGACCAAUGCUGAGGACUAUGGAACGUUCACCUGUUCUGUCUGGAACGUCAGCUCCCACUCCUUCACUCUUUGGCGAGCUGGCCCUGCUGGCCAUGUGGCUGCAGUACUGGCUUCUCUCCUUGUCCUGGUGGUUCUGCUGCUGGUGGCCCUGCUCUAUGUUAAGUGUCGGCUGAACGUGCUGCUUUGGUACCAAGACACUUAUGGGGAGGUGGAGAUGAACGAUGGGAAGUUAUACGAUGCGUACGUGUCCUAUAGCGACUGCCCAGAGGACCGCAAGUUUGUAAAUUUUAUUCUGAAGCCUCAGUUGGAGCGGCGCCGGGGAUACAAGCUCUUCCUAGAGGACCGCGACCUCUUGCCGCGCGCGGAGCCCUCUGCCGACCUUUUGGUGAACCUGAGUCGUUGUCGGCGUCUCAUCGUGGUUCUUUCAGAUGCUUUCCUAAGCCGGCCCUGGUGUAGCCAGAGCUUCCGGGAGGGACUGUGCCGCCUACUGGAGCUCACCCGCAGACCUAUCUUCAUCACCUUUGAGGGCCAGAGGCGUGAGCCCAUACACCCUGCUCUCCGUCUCCUGCGCCAGCACCGCCACCUCGUGACCCUGCUGCUUUGGAAGCCUGGCUCCGUGACACCUUCCUCUGAUUUUUGGAAAGAGCUACAGCUAGCACUGCCACGGAAGGUGCAGUACAGGCCGGUGGAGGGAGACCCUCAAACGCGACUUCAGGAUGACAAAGAUCCCAUGCUAAUCGUGAGAGGACGUGCUGCCCAGGGCCGGGGCAUGGAGUCAGAGCUGGAUCCAGACCCUGAGGGAGACCUGGGUGUCCGUGGACCUGUCUUUGGGGAGCCACCAACUCCACUGCAUGAAAGCAGGGUCUCCAUAGGAGAGGGCCAUGGCAGCGAAAUGGAUGUCUCUGACCUUGGCUCUCGAAACUACAGUGCACGAACAGACUUCUACUGCCUUGUGUCUGAGGAUGAUGUGUAGCCUGUAUCCUAGCAGCCCAGAUUAUGAGAUCACGGCAGCAGCUUCCAGGGUAGAGGCAGGCACUCCUUCUUCCGAGGACCGCAACCCUUGCCUCCAUCCCUGGGCCCCUCAGGAAAGGAGUGUGGCUCCAGGGUGUCACAAAAUAAAAUCCUCUUGGUUCCUGCCUGG